AGCUGCCCCUCAUGCACACUGCGGGGUAUUUGCUCCAUCGUAUGGUGAGACACAGACAUCAUCUCUGAGGUAUUAAGAGUGUAAUCUUUUGAUCUUGUAAGUCUCGAGCUCGAGAUGCCCCUAACGCGUUGCUUGGCUCAGAAUAGUAUGAAGUCUUGUCUCUUGAAGUUCUGCAGACUGCUUUGUUUAAUGUUGACUUUACCCUUAUAUCUGAUGGAAAUCACGGGCCUGUACGGUAUGUACAAACGCUUGUUUCCAUGGCUUGCCUACAACAUAACAUUCUCAUACAACGAUAAAAUGCACAAAACCAAGAGGGACCUUUUCCGAAACGUGGGCACAUUUGCAAACAGCGACGGCACUCUUCGUCUGCUGGAGAUCGGCUGUGGCAGCGGGGCGAACUUCAAGUUUUACCCCGACGGCUGCACGGUGACCUGCACCGACCCCAACCCGCAUUUCGAGAAGUACCUGCGGCUAAGCAUGGACGCGAACACGCAUUUGACCUAUGACACGUUUGUAGUCGUGUCUGGGGAGGACAUGGAGGCGGUGAGGGACGAGUCAGUGGACGUUGUUGUCUGCACCUUGGUUCUCUGCUCGGUCAUCAACGUGCAGCGCGUGCUGCAGGAAGUCCGACGCAUCCUCAAAACGGGUGGAGCCUUCUACUUUUUGGAGCAUGUUGUCUCAGAUCCCUCUUCCUCUACAUACUUCUUACAGCAUGUGUUUGAGCCUCUGUGGUACUAUCUUGGAGAUGGAUGCAUGAUCACCAGAGCAACGUGGAAAGAUCUGGAGGCUGCUGGUUUUUCUGAACUUCACCUAAAACAUGUCGAGGCUCCCGAGGUUACUAGGAUGAUAAGACCACAUAUCAUGGGUUAUUCCAUUAAAUGACUGCAGGGGAGAAUGGGCAGACAUCAUUGUGCCUCUUAUGGGCUCCAGAAAGUUCAGCCCAGUCAUUCGUCACUGUAUUUUGCUGCUAACCCAUACUAUUCUGAUUGUUUUCUCUCUCGGCCCCAUCAUGUGCCAACACUUCCAUUGGUCCAGUACUAACAUUCAUUAGAAAAUACUGGGUUCAAAUUAAGUCAUGUUUCAUGUCAACAAAAGCAGUCAAUCUGUACGUUUUCAUUUCCAGUGAACAAAUACACUAUCCACCGCAUCUAUUGAGUGAAAAUAUAUUUAUUUAUUUACAGAAUCAGCAACAUUUCAUAGUUUGUUCUU